AUGGCAAAACGUAGAUAUGGUUUACGUACCAACUCAGUGGCAGGAAUUCUUAUUGGCAUCAUCAGCGGUAUACUACUGGCCAGUUGGAGUCGGUAUCGAUUCUUCUCUUGCAGAUUGUCUCCGGGAACCUGUUGUAAUUUUCGCCGUCUUCACAACGAUCCGUUGCAGGCGACUGCCUCGCAGUUUUUUGCUUCGUCCACGUCUUCAUCCUCCCGACAAAGCCAGGACCAACAACACGUCGGAGAGGAAGAGCGAUCUGGCAAAAAGUUCAUCUUAGUUGGCGUUAUGACUGCUGAGAAAUACUUAAAUACUCGUGCUACGGCUGCGUAUAAAACAUGGGCCCGGUCUAUUAAUGGAGAAGUAAUUUUCUUCUCUGGCGAGUCUUCGGAAGGUAACGGGGAUAUCCCGAUUGUCGGUCUGGAAGGUGUGGACGACACUUACCCGCCCCAGAAAAAAUCAUUUAGCAUGCUCAAAUAUAUGCAUGAUAAUUACAUUGAUCAAUUCGAAUGGUUUAUGAGAGCUGAUGAUGAUGUCUACAUUAAAGGGGGUCGAUUACAAAGUUUUCUUAGAUCGAUCAACAGUUCACGGGCGCUUUUCAUCGGCCAGGCCGGACUCGGUACCAAAGAAGAAUUCGGCCAACUGAGCCUGGAAGAAAAUGAAAACUUUUGCAUGGGCGGUCCCGGGAUCGUUCUCAGUCAAACGACGCUAAAACGUCUGGCUGGACAUAUAGACCAUUGCCUCAGGAAUAGUUAUACUACACACGAAGAUGUUGAAAUUGGAAGUAGUAACAACGGAAAUCAGACUGAUGCUGCUGAGUUAGGAUGCUGUACCUACUACACUACACAAGUCUGUCCUCCAUCUAUAGCGCUGAAGUUCCCUCUCUCUUCGUCACUCUUCCCUCUUCUCGAAAGUUUUCAUUUACCCACGAUUCGUGCGGGUGUGCGGCAAGACUAG